AUGCCAUUUCAGUAAACUUUUAAUAUAUAUAUGAUUAUUUUUCUGAUUCAAAAAUAUUAAACUAAAAAUAAAUUUGAAGUACCCAUUUAUAAUUUUUAUCAGAAUAAAAUCGUAUAAAUAUGCAAUUGGCUCAUCAAUCCCAUAUUAGCAUUAGGAUAUUUUAACAAUUGUUUUUAUUCAUAAACAUUCUGAAAAGUUUAUAAAUUAAUUAUAAGUGAGAAUAUUUUAUAUUAUUAUUUACAUUCCUAAUUAAUUGAUAAUCAUUAUAAACUCUUUUAUAAAUCUUUGUUUUAGUUCACUCAAAAAGUAGACGUAUAUAAUUAUAUUUUUUCGAAUCCAGGAUCUAUAAGAUCAUUUAAGGAAAUUUUAAGGAAUUAACUAGUAAUAAUAUAUUUGUAUGUUUAAUAGAAAUUUAUAUUCUUAAUUUAAUAAGAAUUGCAUGUAACACACUGAAUGCAAACUUAUAAUUGCUAGUGAAAAAGUCUCAAUCCACAAGUUCUGA